AUGCCGCUGUCGGCAUACCCAACGCCGUCCUCCCAGGAUGAAUUUCAAGCCGUCCAGUCCUUCAGGGAGCGCACACUAGCCCAGGUUUCCGAGUUUUUCAUCGACGAGCUGUGGACGACCAAGAUUCUCCGGAUCGCGCAUGCAGAGCCUGGAAUAUGGCACGCUUUGAUUUCCCUGUCGUCGUAUCACGACCUGUUCAUGCACCCGGUCGACGCGGCCAACGGCCAGUUGGCCGUGGAAAGGCACAACCUGGGUAUAUAUGCCCUGCACCAUCACAACAUGGCCAUCAAGGCCGCUUUGGAUAUCCAGCGAACGCCAGAACACCCGCUCUCCCACAUCAUUUCGUGCGUAGUAUUCGUCAUCAUCGAGAUCAUCCGAGGCGAAGUCAUUGCGGCUAUACGACUUCUUAAACACGGCCAGCGAGUCCUCCAAGACUUUGAAACGCAGCAGCGACAUUCCCAGAUGCCCCUUGGCCCCGAGGACGGCGUCAUAGUGAAUCUGGUGGGAGCUCUUUUCACCGGCCUCACCCACCAGGCCGUGUGUGUAGGUUACUUGACGGGCGUGACAAUCUACUGA